AUUUUCCUUCCUCUCAGACUAACUGACGGACUGACUGGUGGCGGGCCGCCGGAGCAUCCUGCACCCAUCAUCCUGUUUAUCCAUCCGGCCCUCGCUCCUCCCCCUGUCUUCCACUCUUUUCUAAUUGACGCACCGCUGUGGUCCACACUCAGCCCGCCCUGCUGCUGCUGCUGCUGCUGCUGAAGCUGAGGCUGAAGCUGAGGCUGAGGCUGUCUCCCCUCCCUCUCUUUCCCCGGCGGAUUCUCCAUGUAUGGAUGCGCUAAGGGAAAGGAUGCUGUAGGCUGACUAAAGCCAGAGAGAGACACACACAAAUACAGACUGGUGAGGAGAUUCGACAAGGAGGAACCGGAGGAUCCUGGCGCUGUUGUGAAUGGGCAGAGGAUUCACCCUCUGCGGUUGACGAGUCUCGAGUUGCUGAGGUGCCAGGUGUGCGUCUGUGCAGCCACACGGAUCUCAAGCUCUUCCGCUCGCCCACGCACCCACCUGCAUCAUGGCGGCGGCGUCAGUGAAGGUGGCGGUGAGGGUCCGACCCUUCAACUCCAGAGAGAUCUCGAAGGACAGUAAAUGCAUCAUUCAGAUGUCGGGAAACACCACAACGAUCCUGAACCCCAAACAGCCGAAAGAAAACAAGAGCUUUAACUUCGACUUUUCUUACUGGUCCCACACUACGCCUGAGGACAUCAACUAUGCGUCCCAGGUGCAGGUGUACAGGGACAUCGGAGAGGAGAUGCUGCUUCAUGCCUUUGAGGGCUACAACGUGUGCAUAUUUGCAUACGGCCAGACCGGAGCGGGCAAAAGCUACACCAUGAUGGGACGGCAGGAGAAAGACCAGCAAGGAAUCAUACCCCUGCUGUGCGAGGACCUCUUCACCAAGAUCAAUGGCAGCAAUAACGACAACAGCAUGUCUUACUCCGUAGAGGUGAGUUACAUGGAGAUUUAUUGCGAGCGUGUGCGUGACCUGCUGAACCCCAAAAACAAAGGAAACCUGCGUGUCAGAGAGCACCCUCUGAUGGGACCCUACGUUGAAGAUCUGUCCAAACUAGCCGUCACCUCCUACAACGACAUCCAGGACCUGAUGGACUCUGGAAACAAGGCCAGGACUGUGGCUGCUACCAACAUGAACGAGACCAGCAGCCGCUCUCACGCUGUCUUUAACAUCAUCUUCACACAGAAGAAGCAAGACAUGGAGACGGACAACACAUCAGAAAAGGUCAGCAAGAUCAGCCUGGUGGACUUGGCUGGCAGCGAGAGAGCCGACUCCACCGGAGCCAAAGGAACCAGACUCAAGGAAGGAGCAAACAUCAACAAGUCUUUAACCACACUGGGGAAAGUUAUUUCUGCUCUAGCUGAACUGGACACGGCUCCAAACAAAAAUAAGAAAAAGAAGAAGGUGGAGAGUUUUAUACCUUACAGAGAUUCAGUUCUGACCUGGCUACUGAGGGAGAACUUGGGAGGAAACUCUCGCACAGCUAUGGUGGCUGCCCUCAGCCCUGCUGAUAUUAACUAUGAUGAAACCCUCAGUACCCUCCGCUACGCUGAUCGGGCCAAACAGAUCCGCUGCAACGCUGUGAUCAACGAGGACCCCAACAACCGCCUGGUGCGUGAGCUGAAAGAGGAGGUGGCUCGCCUCAAGGACCUGCUGUAUGCACAGGGCCUGGGAGACAUCAUAGAGAACCUGUGCGAUUACAAGAACUUUGUGAAUAAUCGCCAGGCUGUCAAUCAAAGGGGUGAUCUCUCCACAGUGACCAACGCCAUGACAGGAAUGAGCCCCUCUCCCUCGCUCUCGGCCCUGUCCAGUCGCGCCGGGUCCAUCAACAACCUCCAUGAUCGCAUCUUCAGCCCGGCCAGUGAGGAGGCCAUCGAGAGGCUCAAGGAAACUGAGAAAAUCAUUGCCGAGCUCAAUGAGACCUGGGAGGAGAAGCUGCGUCGUACUGAGGCCAUUCGCAUGGAGAGGGAGGCCCUGCUGGCUGAGAUGGGUGUUGCCAUGAGAGAAGACGGAGGCACUGUGGGUGUCUUCUCCCCGAAAAAGACCCCUCAUCUGGUGAACCUGAACGAGGACCCGCUGAUGUCUGAGUGUCUGCUGUAUUACAUCAAAGAUGGCAUUACCAAGGUUGGCCGUGAAAAUGCCAAGACUCGCCAAGACAUUGUUCUCAGUGGCCAUUUUAUCAAAGACGAACACUGCACCUUCAGCAGCACCACAGGUCCUCAGGGAGAAGGAUGUGUCAUCCUUGAGCCAUGUGAAGGGGCAGAGACGUAUGUCAACGGGAAGAGAGUGACCUCACCCACUGUUCUGCGAUCAGGGAAUCGCAUCAUCAUGGGAAAGAGCCAUGUGUUUCGCUUCAACGACCCGGAGCAGGCUCGCCUGGAGCGAGAGAGGACGCCGUGCGCCGAGACGCCGGUGGAGCCCGUCGACUGGGCCUUCGCUCAGAGAGAGCUGCUGGAGAAACAAGGCAUCGACAUGAAGCAGGAGAUGGAGCAGAGGCUUCAGGAACUCGAGGAUCAGUACCGUAAAGAAAGAGAGGAAGCCAGUAACCUGCUGGAGCAGCAACGACUGGACUAUGAGAGUAAACUGGAGGCUCUUCAGAAACAAGUGGACUCUCGCUACCUGGAGUCUCCUGAAGAAGAGGAGGAGCCCGAGGAGGAAGUGCCGUGGACGAAGCGUGAGACUGAGCUGGCUCUGUGGGCUUUCAGAAAGUGGCGUUUCUACCAGUUCACGUCUCUCAGGGAUCUGCUUUGGGGCAAUGCCAUCUUCCUCAAGGAGGCCAAUGCUAUCAGUGUGGAGCUGAAGAAGAAGGUGCAGUUCCAGUUCGUCCUGUUGACGGACACCCUCUACUCUCCUCUGCCGCCUGACCUGCUGCCCCCCUGCGUGGCCAAAGAGAGAGAGAGGCGACCUUUCCCCCAGACCAUCGUAGCUGUCGAAGUCCAGGAUCAGAAGAAUGGAGCCACGCAUUACUGGACUCUGGAGAAACUCAGGCAGAGGCUGGACCUAAUGAGAGAAAUGUAUGACCGUGCGGCAGAGCUCCCCAGCAGUGCUGUGGAGGACUGUGACCACGCCCUGACCGGAGGCGACCCCUUCUACGACCGCUUCCCCUGGUUCCGUCUUGUCGGCAGGGCUUUUGUGUACCUGAGUAACCUGCUGUACCCGGUGCCCCUGGUGCAUCGCGUGGCCAUCGUCAGCGAGAAAGGAGAGGUGAAGGGCUUCCUCAGAGUGGCAGUACAGGCCAUCUCGGCCGACGAGGAGGCCCCUGAUUACGGUUCUGGUGUGAGGCAGUCAGGCACUGCUAAGAUCUCCUUUGAAGACAAGCAGUUUGAGAAGUUCCAGACCGAGUCGUGUCCUGGCACUAUGUCGCACUCCAACACCUCCCAGGAGGAGCUGCGCAUUGUGGAGGGGGAAGGCCAAAACGCUGAGAUAGGAAUCUCUGCAGAUGAAGUCAACAACAACACGUGUGCAGCCACCCUGGAGAUUCCCAGCAGCCCAGUGAAGAGCUUGGGUCUGGGUCUGGAUCUUCCUCUGGACCUCUCUCCGGAGAAAGCUCUGUCCCACCUGAAGAUCGGCAGCACCUUCACCUUCAGAGUCACCGUGUUACAGGCCUCCAGCAUCUCAGCCGAGUACGCCGACAUCUUCUGCCAGUUCAACUUCAUCCACCGUCAUGACGAAGCUUUCUCCACUGAGCCGCUGAAGAACACCGGCAGAGGACCUCCGCUGGGCUUCUACCACGUACAAAAUAUCACAGUGGAGGUGACCAAGUCCUUCGUGGAGUACAUAAAGACUCAGCCCAUCGUCUUCGAGGUGUUCGGUCACUAUCAGAAACAGCCCUUCCCUCCGCUCUGCAAAGACCUGAUCAGUCCGCUGAGACCUUCCAGGAGGCAGUUUCCCAGGGUGAUGCCUUUAUCCAAACCAGUGCCGGCCACAAAGCUCAGCACUUUGACUCGCUCCACUGCGGGACCAUGUCACGCCAAAUAUGACCUCAUGGUCUUCUUUGAGAUCUGCGAGCUGGAGGCCAACGGAGACUACAUCCCCGCUGUUGUUGACCACAGAGGUGGGAUGCCCUGUCACGGCACGUUCCUCUUACAUCAGGGCAUUCAGAGGAGGAUCACAGUGACCAUCGCUCAUGAAACAGGAAAUGAUAUUGAGUGGAAGGAGGUGAAGGAGCUGGUCAUUGGUCGCAUUCGAAACACUCCAGAGGCUGAUGAGACCAUCAUAGACCCCAACAUCCUUUCCCUCAACAUCCUGUCCUCUGGAUACUUCUGGCCUAAACAUGACGACAACGUCUCCUUGGGAGUUGAUCAUAGAACUUUCUACCGAUUUGAGGCAGCAUGGGACAGCUCCAUGCACAACUCUCUGCUUCUGAACAGAGUCACUCCCUACGGGGAGAAGAUCUACAUCACCCUCUCUGCUUAUCUUGAGAUGGAGAACUGCACUCAGCCAACAGUGAUCACCAAAGAUUUCUGCAUGGUGUUUUACUCCCGUGACACGAAGCUGCCGGCCUCCCGCUCCAUCAGAAACCUCUUCAGCACCGGCUGCCUCCGGCCCUCUGAGAGUAACCGUGUCACAGGAGUCUAUGAAGUCACUCUCUGCCAUGUGGCGGACAACGGAAGUCCAGGAAUGCAGCGUCGUCGGAGGCGUGUGCUGGACACCUCGGUGGCCUACGUCCGAGGAGAGGAGAACCUGGCUGGAUGGAGGCCUCGCAGUGACAGCCUCAUCCUUGACCACCAGUGGGAGCUGGAGAAACUCAGUUUACUGCAGGAGGUGGAGAAGACCAGGCACUACCUGCUGCUGAGGGAGAAGCUGGAGGCGACUCUGCAGGCGGGACAGGAAGCGCUCUACAAGAGCAGCGACAUCAGCGACUUUGCAAAGAGUCCCGUCCUCAGCCACAGUCCCAGCAACAGCCCUGCCCUCGAGAGCCCCAACCAGAGGCAGAGGGAGCUGGCUGCCAAGUGUCUGCGUCUGCUGAUGCACACCUUCAACAGGGAGUACAGCCAGGUGAGCAGCAGUGCCAGUGAGAGCAAGCUCUCUGAGAUGUCUGCAUCACUAAUGAGGGAAUCGUCAUCGUCUGGACUGAGCACGCUCACUCCAUCCUCUACCUGCCCGUCACUGGUUGAGGGACACUAUGAUAUCAGACACACUGAACCCAGUUCAGGAGCAUCCACCCCAGAUCUGGACCCGUACAGCCCAGUGGACAGAAAGAAAGCUCUCAGAGGAUACACCUUUGUUCCUGACAUACAGGAGAUUCGUGUCAGCCCCAUUGUGUCAAAGAAGGGCUACUUGCACUUCCUGGAGCCCCACACUAGUGGCUGGGUGAAACGCUACGUGGUGGUGCGCAGGCCCUACGUCUACCUGUACCGCAGCGAGAGGGACAGCGUCGAGAGAGCUGUCAUCAACCUGUCAUCUGCAAAGGUGGAAUACAGUGAAGACAAACAGACCUUACUGCGGACUCCCAACACAUUUGCUGUGUGCACUGAGCACCGUGGGAUACUGCUGCAGGCCACCAAUGACAAAGAGAUGCAUGACUGGCUGUACGCUUUCAACCCUCUGUUAGCUGGCACCAUCAGGUCAAAGCUCUCCCGGAGAAAGUCGGUCCAGUCGGUCCCGCCUGCUCAGAGGAUGUGAGAGGCGAACCAGCCUGGUGGGAAACAAAACAAAACAAACAAAACAAUUCAAUCCAAAAGCUCUGCUCACCAUCCUGCUCUAAUGAACAUUGACCAUAUAAACAAACUUAUACAUAAAACCAUUCAAAUACCCUUGUAAAUUUAUUCACUCAGUCGCUCAUCCCAAACCCCAACAAAACCGUCCCUUCUCUCUUUUUGCAGUCGACACCUCAAACCCUGCAUGGUGUGCUCCCUCCUGACCAUUAGAAGAAUACAUAAGAAAAACUAACCACCCAAACAUGUUAAUUAACUUACCUUUUCUGGGCAUUUGGACUAGUUCUGAUGAGUUUUCAUAUACGUGUAGAUAUGUCAUCUGUGAGGCCACCAUAUCCCUGUAGAGAGUUAUAAUGUGCUCAGUCCCUCCUUCAUCUAUCAUUACUGAAAGUAAGUCCCAGUUGUAAACCAACCAUCCAUGUAUUUCUAAUUAACGCCAUCAGGUGAGGGGGAACAAGAAAACAUCAAACCGGAUGUUUCUCUGUGUAAAGUGUGUUAAGUGCAGGGAUGACAGCUCCACAUGCAUCCAUUCUACAAAUAGUGUACAUUACCUCAGUUUGGAAUGGCUUGGUGCUCUACAGCAUAGAGUAUUUGUUUCUCUGCAGAGGUUUCAGAUAGCAAACAGAUCAGUCAUUUUAACACUGAAGUAGCAUGAGGAGGGAUUUCUUUGGACAAAGGGGUAAGUUGUACCUGUGUUUUUUUUUUUUUUUUAAAUGGUUCAAUGAAAACUGAGUUCGUUGGCUAGACCAAGGCAAAAAUAAUCCACAAUCAGGAGAGAUAAGUCAUGUCCUUGCCUUGUUCUUGAUAUGUGCUUUUUUCCCCAUGCCCAUGAGGGAAAAUAUUACUUAUUGUUGCGAUCCUAGGUUCUCUGCACUGUUAUUUGUGACAGGACCCCUGACCAGUUUUGCUGCAUGGCACUUUAUUGUCUUUAUUGAGUUAAUGUCUUGUGUCAUUUACUCAGUUGUUUUAACCAAAGCACUGUUGUCUUGUUUUAAUUGUUUCAAACAUUGUCCACGGUGCAGUUGUGUUAGCAGACAGUUUUUAAGAAUAACUGGAUGUUAAAUAGUUUGACAUUUGAGAAAUCUGCCAAUUUGCUUUCUUACUGAGAAAGAUAAUAAGAUAAAUACUACUACUAACACCCCCAGCAGUCAGCUAUCUUAGCUUAGCUUAGCCUAGUUUGGCCGGAAACAGGGGUGAUCAGCUAGCCAGGCUCUCUCCAUAGGUAAUAAAGUCUACGUACCAGACAAGUACUUUUAAAGCUCAGUAAGAUGUAGAGAUUUUGUAGGGAGGUAUGUGCUGAAGUAUUUCCUGGCAGUGUGCAGAGACCUCAAAGACACAAACAAAUGAGUUACAGUGUGUUAAUCAAUGAGCUUUAGAGGUGUUGGUAGCAGUUUCCCUGUGUUUCUUUACGCUAAGCUAACCGUCUUCUCAGUACAAGCCCAAGAGUACCACCCUGGAAAGGAAGCGGCCAUAUUGAUUGAUUGAGUGUUGUACCAAGUUUCCUUCCCUGGUCAUAUGCAUAACCUCUACAUCUUCUCAUCUAACUUCUUGCAAGAAAGCAAAUAAGUGUAUUUUUCAAAAUAAUUUCUUUAAACUAAUCAAUUCUACAUAAAUUGAGUUUUAUAUUCAUUUAUAUUAUAUUCUAAAUUGAUGUUUUAUAUGGUAAAUACACAAGGAGGACAACUGUACUGUAUGCCUGUUGUUAGAUUUUUAGCAAAUAAGCACUUAUUCUGUCUGUUAUGGGCCAGCAGAGUUGUUACAUUAAAUGAGUUUACUAUUUAAAUCUCCUCUAGUAGCUAAAGGGAAAGUUGUAAAUGAUCCUGGACCUGUAAUCUGUUGAGGGCAGUUGCUUUGAGCGGGCAAGAGCGUUGCCCACGCACCAGAUAGUGCCUCCCUUUCUUCACCUCUUUUUCUUCCUCCUUCAUCAUUGUCUUUAACAUCUUUAACACUAAAGUUAGUUACAUGUGUUUAUGAGAGUAAGCUUUUAUGUAGAGUAGUAGUAGUAGAUGCUAUGGAUCUUUUGUUUUUAUAUUGAUGAUCUAUGUCAAUGUUUUGGAGAGUGAAUAUUAUCAAUGAUGCUACAUGGUAUGUUGGUAUAGCCUGUCACAGUACAGCGCAGCGUAUAUCUCAUUAUCAUUGACUCUAAAUGUUGCAUUUUGAAGGAAUUCCCCUCUUAGCUUUUGUACUGUAGGUGCUAGAUAUUUGACAGCCUGAUGCUUGUGUCAGAAACCAGUACAGUAUGAUUAGCUUUGGUGUUGUUAUGACAUUUAUGUCAAGGAUGGUUUCUAGUUGCUUUUAGUUUUUAUACUUUUACUUUUUACUUGUUCCAUUUUGCACUGUACCAAGAUGACCCUGAAUGUUGGUCUUUGAUAAAUAUUAUCAGUGGAAGAAAAUACUUAUCUAAAAAAUUGCUUGUUGUUGCUAUUAUUAUGUAUGUUUAUUGUGUUAUUUGCAUGUAAAGGAAUAUUAUUCAUAUCUGUUCACUCUAGAGAAGAACAACUUCUUCAUUUGUAAAUCUUAUACCAAAGACGUGGUCAGCCAACCAUUUCGACUUUCUCAUUUUCCUCAGAUUAUGAUCUGGUUAUUGCCAAAUCUGACUUACAAUCAGCUAUCAGAAAGUAUUUAGGACUCUUUAUGCCACAGGCCAACCAACCUGCUGGGCAGUGCAGCCUAAUACUUUAAAAAUCUGACUAAUACAAAGGUUAUAUUUCACACUUCACUUGGGAUUUUUGCUGUUCGUGGGCUCUUUGUUUUGAUGAUAUUCUGUCUGAGCAACGAAUUCAGUGUAAUUACAUCAUUUUAGGUCGUCUUGGUACAAUCCACUUUAUUUGUUUGGUAAAAUGCUUAUAGAUAUAUUAUUUAUGCUGUCUGCUGGAACAGAAGACAAAUGGAAAGUUUUAUUUAUAAAGGUUUGAAGGACAGAUUGUGUCCUUAUGAUAUAUUGCACUCAUGCACAAAGCAUCUUUAUUUAAUAUGAUUUCAUAUGAUGAUGUUUUAAGAAUGUACGGAAAAGACUGGUUUGUGUUUAAAAACAUUACGGCCCUGUCCUGAGAGGAGGAUGAGAUUAGAUUUUGAAACUGUGCCAUUUUCGCUUCAGCAAUCAAACCACCAACAACACUGCACCAAAUUUUAUUGAUUGUUUUUUAGUUUACAACUGCCAGAUGAAGUGCAAUGCCUCCAGUCCUAAUAGUUCAAGGGUAUCGUGUUAAAAAAAAAAAAAAAAGCGAGACAGUUUUAGUGCACUGGCCAAUAAGUAAAUGAGUUGAUUAUUUCAUAUUCAGCUGCUUUUUAAUUGUCAUAGCUCUGGAUCGAAGCAUGCAGGUCCACUUACCUUCUGCUGUACUCUGUCCCUCUCUCCUGCCUUACUGCUUGCUAAUGACAACAGCUUUCCCCCCCCUGAAGUGCUGCUUGUAAAGUAUUGUCAUUCAUGAUCCUUGUAAUGACUAACUGGAAACCUCCCUCUUGGCUCUGUCUUGUAUAUAAAUGGAGAUUCUCUGUGUUGGGUCUCAUCACACAGAUGAUAUUAACUCUCUCUUCCUCUGUAUACCAUGAUGAAUAAGAAUAACUGGCCUGCUGCUAUGUCAGGUGUCACCCCAGUGUGAAGAGUGCUGAUCGGGGAUCAGUUUUGCACAUUUCAGCUCAUUGUGGACGAGGCGGUCGUUGCGGAGCGGGUAGAUGAUCCCAGGUCUGCACUCUUGCUCUGAGCUGCUUGACAGGGGCAGAAACGGGUCCUAGCCUGUGAUGAAGUCUUAAUCUCAGUGCUCACGUUUAUCUUUUGAGUGUUCUGGAGUUUUUUCUCAUGUCUGUGGACACGUAACAAAAGUUGUGAAGAAAAAAAUAAGGCGAAUAAAUAAAUGAGUGUUGAAACUUAUGCAACA